AUGGCUUCUUAUUAUCCAGUCGAGCAAAAACAAAUAAAACCGAUUGAACUUGAUGCUGCACAGGUGCGAGAAACAGUAAUACAACUUAGGUCUGUUAAUAACAAUGAACUUCGUGCUGAUGGUGCUGCUGCUCUUAGUUUGAAUCAAGUUGGUACUGGUGUUGCUGUUCUCGGUGGUGGUGCUACUGUUAUUGGUUCUGCUGUAAUUAUUUGUGAAGCUACUGUAACUAUUAUUGAAGGUGCAGUUAUUGUUGGUGCUGGUAGUAUGCUCGGCCCUGCUAUUUUGGUUGGUGGUAUUGCUGCUCUUGGCAUUGGGGCUUUGCUUCAGUCUAUUAAUAAAUGA